AUGAGGACGGACGCAAGUUCGUCUACUUCAAGGCACUGGGGCCCUACCACAAGUCACGCUCGUCCUCCUGGAGCAAGAAGCGGGCGGAGAGCAGCGACGAGGAGAACCUGCCCCGCAUGUAUGAGACUGGCACAGAGUUCUGCCCCUACGCCAGCUUCGUCAAGUACCUCUCCAAGCGCAACCCCCUCUGCAAGGCCUUCUUCCAGCGCCCGCGGGACCACUGCAGUGAGGGUGACAUCACCUGGUACGAGAAUAAGGCCAUCGGCAAGAACCUCCUGGGCACUCGCAUGCAGAUGCUCUCCAAGGCAGCCAAACUUUCCAAGACCUACACCAACCACUGCAUCGGCACCCAACGAGCCCGGACGCAAGUUAUCCAACUUCUUCACCCCCCAAGUUCCUCAGCCCCCACCACCAGUCCGGUGGCCACUCACUGCGUGCCUGCGGGUUGGAUUAAUAACAGGGAUCGCAGCCGUCAGCCGGAGAGCUCGGCGAGCACAGGUAUAUGACAUGCCUGAGCUGUUUCCCAAGUGGAAAUACCAGUUCUGGACAGACUGA